AUGGAGACUUGCUUGGAUUGCAAGAAAGCUACAGAAACAGUGAUUGACCUAAGAACCGGCGACACAAUCUGCACAGAGUGUAGCCUCGUCAUCUCCCAUCACUACAUCCACGACUGCCAAGAAUGGAUGACCUUCCCUUACGACGACGACAACAUCGACCGUGACCCUAACCGCGUCGGCGCUCCGACCAACCCUCUUCUCAAAUCCGGCGGUAUCGACACCAUCAUCGCAACGCGCAAAGAAAACACAUUCUCCAUCUCCAAGAACGACUUAUCCGGUUUCUCCCGGGCAAAGAGUCUCGCCAGGAACAAGGAAGAAGAUGUUUUCAAGAAAGCGUGCGAAGAAAUCAAGAAAAUGACUCAAGAUCUUGACCUAACAAGCGGUGUGGAGUUUAGGGCUUGCGAGAUCGUGUCCAAGUUUGAUCGUGACGGUAGCAAGAAGGUGCGUAGAGGGAAACGGUUGACAGCUCUCUGUGCUGCCUCUGUUUCCACGGCUUGUCGUGAGAUGAAACUCUCGAGGACGUUGAAGGAGAUCUCCACGGUGGCUAAUGGUGUGAGCUUGAAGGAUAUAAACAAGGCGAGUAUGGGGAUAAGGCGUUUUCUUAGGUCAUCUGAUCAAGAUGAGGGCGCAGCUUCUGAUGCUUCUCAGGUGAUGCUGAAGACAGGAGAACUUGUUCGUCGGUUCUGUUCCAAACUCGAUAUGAGUGAAAGAGAGAGGAAAGCUGUUAAAGAAGCUGUUGAAAUGGCUGAGAAUUUCUAUAUUAGGAGAAACCCUAAGUCAAUUCUUGCUGUUAUUAUCUUCAUGAUCUGUCAGCUAUCUCAGACCAAACAGAGAUCUAUUCGAGAAAUUGCUUUGGUUGCGGAAGUCUUGGAGAAUACCAUCAAGAGGUCAGCUAAAGACAUGUACCCUUAUGCAACGAAGAUUAUACCAAAAUGGUAUGCUUCUGAAGAAGACAUUAUCAAGAGGUUAGGAGGUAUGUUAGGUUCUUGGGAUGGUGCAAAACUUAUAGUAUAG